AUGUCCCAGGUGCCACAGAGGCAGGGAAGGCGNCGCGUCAAACACGACGUUGAAAGCGGGGCACCGUUCACGGGGGAAAGAAACCUGAGCAUGGACAUCGUCAUCAGGCCAGGAGCCCUCACGAACGCAUCUUCUCCGGGGUACCACAACAAAGGAAUACUCCUCGAUGUCACACACGCAGACCCGCAAGCACAGGUACACUUGCGGAACGGCAGCGCGACCAGCGAUGGAAUCGCAGCCCAAGCAUCCGAGGCGCGAAAGCGUCAGCACUACGCUCGUCCGGGACACGUGUCCUUUGACGAACGCAGAUUUAAACUUACCACCUUAGCCGUGGAAAGCUUUGGCCGCCUUGGAGAGGAGGGUUACGAGUUCAUCGAUGAACUUGCGACACAUGCCGUGGGAGGAAGGGACGGAGGAACGAUGGCUCUGAAAGGAGUCUUCAAGGAACGACUUCUUCAGAUCGUUUCGGUGGCUACACAGGUGGCCAUAUCUCGGCGAGUGCAGAGGUACAAGCUCGCAUUGCGCGGGCGUCAAGACGCCGAAAACAGGCGAACAAGAUCGACCUCGGACCAGUCAACGCCAAUGAUAUGGGGAUGGAGUGUAGACGCAUCGUAGAACGCGUUUUCGUUUGAAGUUGGCGUCUUGUUUGAGAUGUGACAGAUUUGCGUAGAAUAGGGUAAGAUGUUAUCAUGAACGGAGAUGAAAGGGCUUUUCCAACACGGAGAUGUAGCAUGGAUCAAAGCAUUUGUUGGAUUUCAGCUUUUACAAGCGGACAUCAACGCAGUAGUAUUUUAGCAAGCUUACGAACGCAUAUAGGAUACCAUCAGGAUU